CCUACUAUCAAUUUCCACCGAAAUCAAGCAAGCACCGCGAAAACCCUAAAAGUUUUCUCGCUGCUAGUCGUCGUGGAACCCAAACCCGAAAGCGGAGGAAGACGAAAUCGAUUUGGAACAGGAGGACCAACGGCGGUGGACAGAAUCGCCUGUGAUGGCACAUACUAACCAUAGAGCAGGAACAGGAGCAGCAGCAGCAGACAUGGAAAGCGUGGGA